AUGACUCAGUCGUCGUACUUUUUGACCAACGGCUCAAGCCUAGAAGAUUGUCACACGAGUUUCUUCGAUUUGGCUGAUUUGUGUGGCAUCAAGUGGAGAACAUAUUUCUCUGAUGUGCACAGCAAUGAACUUGUUGAAGAUCCUGUAUUGCACUCCUACUCAAGGUGUAUCAAUGCCAACAUUUUAUGUGUCUGGCGGAGAGUCCGCAAUACUCGAAAUCAGAACCAGAGAAACGGUCAUGAUAGCAAUUAUGUCAGCUACACAAAAGAACUGUGGAUAUUUUGGUACGGUGAAGCGCCGGACUUUUCCGAACUUAUUGUCAGCAACCUUAAGCUGAAAGAUGAACUGGAUGGUUCGUGGGAAAGCGGCCUUUCAUACGAGUGUCGGACGUUGUUAUUCAAAGCGUUGCAUACUUUGAUAGAAAAGUGCUUGCUAUCUAAAGGCUUCUCAAGACUUGGAAAAUGGUUCUUUCAAGUAAAACAGGCACAGGAUGCUGCCGCCAAAGGCAGAAGUGAUAAACCGAAUGACGACACUGUGGUUACUUUUACUUUCAACUUUUUCCUCCACGGUGAUAGUACUGUUUGUUCAAACAUUGAUGGACAGCAACACUCAAACGUCUACAUGAUAUCAAGCGAAGACCUGCAUGCUGCACAAUCAACUCCUGAAGGAUUACGAGUGAUACUUGCUCCUUACGGGCUGCAGGCAUACUUGACUGGUCAUGUGUACAAAGAUAGUGAUCAAUCAGUACAAAAGUUCUUAGCCGAUUGGAAGAAAAUCUACCCACUUAACUUAAAGAACUCAAAGGAAAACGGUGGCUUGAACAUUUCUUCGCCUUUCAACUCGCUUAGCGAUGAUAAAAAAGUAUUGUCUGAAGAUGAUUACUUAAAUAAGGUUGUCGAAAUUAUCAUCGGUGAUUGUAAAAUGAAAUACCCAUUCUGCUACGUGUUCAUCACUGAAAUCGACCGAAAAAUGUAUCAGCUUCGGCCGCAGAAAACUGAUCCAGCAGCCAAAAGUUUCAACCCUCACGAGACAUUAGCUCAGCUGUACAAACAGUCAGAGGAGUCUCUAGAAAACUGCCAGUUGAUGGUAUCGUACAAUCAACAAUUGCCCAGUGACUCGUAUUGCCUGAAGAGUAACACCAACCAGACAAUUACUCAAUGUGAUUCAAUUUUACAUGAUAAAGUCAGCUCAACCCGUGAUGACGGCUCAAGUGAGUUCGCCAACACUUCGAUCAACGGAGAACUGUUGUUGAAAAAGUCAUGCAACUGUCCGAAAUGUCAACAAUCCAACUUGAAGAAGCAGUUAAAGUCGAGCAAUGGUAUUAAUGGGUUGUCUUCCUCAUACAAUCAGUUCUCUGGGAAAAGCAAAGACCGCAGCUUUGAAAAGGAGCGUGCCAAACAGCUGAAGAACUGCCCGCCCUUUCACAAGAGGGCAGAGCUGAGUUUGAAGCCAGAUGAGGAGUUUAUCAUUUCAUCAACCAGUUCCUUGAUGCAGUCGCAGACGUCCGUCUCCUCGCCUGUGAACAGCAACGUCAACAUGAGCUCUAGCAGCCUGAACCAAUCUAGUGCUACUCCAAUCAUUAUGUCGUACAAAAGUCCCGUCAGUACAAGCACCUCGUCCAUUCUUAAUACUCCCGGAAUCGAGUCAUCGCCCUUGUCCAACUUUAACUGUGACGCGGGCGAACACACUUCACCUCUUACUUCCAAAGAAGAAAGUGCAUCUAUCAAUACGCCAGUCACACUUUCCAGUCAGCUGAAUCAAAGUCCAAAAGAUAAAAGUGGCCUUAGUUCAUCCUUAUCACCUGCUGUCGACCACGCUACGCUCGGUAACACCGUUGACAACUUGAAUGGCGGGGGAAAAAGUGUCGAACAUUCAGCUAUGCCCGACAAUGCUGAUUCUGGGGCAAAGUCGGAGGCAACGAUGGUCACAUCUCAAAUAGCAGGCCCUUUUGCGGAAAAUGCCAGUGAAAAAUGCGCUCUUCCUUUGAAACGACCAUUCCUCUACAGAAAUGUCUACGAUGGAGAGCACGACCUUCGUCACGGUCUUCUCUACGACUUUCGCUGCGAGUCUGAUCAAUCAUGGCAGUUACCAAUGCCUAAAAAUCGGCGCAUCAACGAAAACUCACUCAACAAUGGCUUUAUGCUUGACUUGAACGGUCGAGACUAUGCCGACUUCAAUCCAUUCAUCAAUUCCAUUCACGAGCUACCUCAUUUUAAAAGCAAAGACCCCUAUGUUUUUGAGAAUGAUAUUGAAGACAUGGGCAUUGCAGCUUCCAAGCAGCACUACGACCCUUCCAUUGAGUCAAUGACUGUCACGGAGAGAAGUUUGACUGAGCUGCUCAACGGGACCAUGGAGCAGCAGCCGAUGAGCAGCAGCAGCAGCAAUGGCAAUGGCAACAACCAUGGCAAGCUGGCCAAGUCAAAGGAAAGCAAUGAUCUUACGAACCACCACAGCAAGGCUCUUUCAAAUGCCAAAUCUGCAUUUUCUCGCAGCGACGACGACUUUGCCAAUACCUUCAGUGAUCUCGAGUUUUUCAACUCGUCAGGCGAUGAAAGCAAUGAUAACUUUCAAGCACCUCUCACGCCGAAAAACUCCAAUGGCCCUCACACCGUUCCUCAUAUCCCCGAUUCAGACUCAUACGUUUCCAACUCCAUCAACGAGUUGUCUCGCAUGUUCCCUACGCCGCCUUCACUUGAAGCUAUGCAAGCGUCUCCCGGUAAUAACAACAACUCUCACAUUGUUUCUGCGGAGUCUAAAAAUGAAGGUGCUGCGCAAGAACCUGCUGACAAAAGCAAAGAACAAAGUGCUCCAAAACCAGUCGUGGAAGAGUUGAGGGACUUUUCAUUUGUGUACAAGCCUCCAGUGCAAUCAUCCUUCAUUACCUCAACAAAUUACGCUCCUCUAGAAAGUGUUGAUUGCAGGCAGAGUUUGCCAUCGCAUUGCUUCUACAAACACAACACCAGCAAGAAGCAGCAACAGCAAACUGUAAAGUCAUUUGGCUUGGGAUCAUCACAGAAUCAAUCUCAGCUGAUUCCCUCUCUAAUGGCGGGCAAAUCAAAGUUUAUGCAAGGCGUCAAGGGACUGGGCGGUUUUCCCGGUCAGAUGAUUCGUAACGUUAGACCACCUGGCCAGAAUAUGCCCGGUUUCGGCGCUUCAGGAUUCAUCAAUCGGCCUCGGCCUCCACUGGGCAUGCAAUCACAAAUGUACAACUUUCCAUCUGAUAACUUUGGAGGCAACUUCAGACAAAACUCACCUGGAAUGAGCAUGGACGGCUCAUCGAUGUCCCCCAUCACGCCCGGUUUCAUUUCAAGUCCACUUCCUAAUUUCGAUAACCGCAAGUCACCAUAUUCAUUUCAUCAAACAAUGUCACAUAACUCCCCAUCCAAUUCAAACGCAUUCAUGUCCAACUCUCCUCUGAACACCUUCAACAGUAUGCAACAAAAGUCAACAAUGUCUCCAAUGGUGGGCUCCUCCAACUUCUUCAACAUGAACAUGGGUUCGAGCAAUGCUAUGGAGAGCAGCAUGAACACCGCUGCAGCGUCUGCGCCUCAUAACGAAGUGAAUGCCCUCAUGUUGAACCUCCUUCUCUCCGACUCAAUGUUCAACCUGUUUCGCGACCACAACUUUGAGAGCUGUUCAAUCUGCGUCUGCAAUAUGAACAUCAAGGGCAACGAUGUGGGCAUCUAUCUGCACGAUCCAUCGCCUCAACCAGAUUACUAUCCGUGCUCCUGUGGUUUCAGUGCUCUCUCAAAUAGGCACUUGAGUCAGUUUUCAGGCCUUUUUUAUGAAGAUGAAGUUGAAAUAACCGGAGUGUACUACGAUCCAUCAGAGAAGGCCAUCUUAUCUGAAAACUCUGCCGAUAACAACGGACUGUUCGAUAAAGACCUGACGAAAGCUUUCUCUGAAGUUGAUGAUAAUUUAAUUGAUUUAGUCAUCUCAAUGUCCACCACUAUCUACCCUUCCAGCUCAACCUUUGCAAAGAUUAUCAACUGCUUUCGACGGCCAGAACUGAAAUCGUUCAACUUAAAAGAGAAUUCUAUGCGUCUUUUUGAGCGGGACUCUCUGAAGCUAGUGUACAAGGACUGUACUGACGUUGUCUUGCAGUCCAUGGUGAUGACUAGGAGUGACGCUGCCGCCAACGUAAAGCCCAAUCUGCUGCUGACGAACAAUCUGCAGAAUUUGUCAGUGAACAAUUCCUCUCGACCUGUCUUGCACGACUGGUCAUUCCGUCACUCAAAGUAUGCGGUGAAUAACCACGAAGUGAUUUACCUGCUCAAGACUUUGCAGCCGCUGUUGCAGGAGGCUGUUCAGCGAAAGGGCUCAGCUACAGGCAGCGAGGUGACCUACAACUCAGUCAAAGGGCCCCUCACCUGGCGGCAGUUUCACCGACUCGCCGGUCGAGGCUCUGGAGAAUAUCAAUGCGAACCACAGCCGAUUCCGUCGCUGUUGGCUGGCUACGACAAUGACUGCGUCGUAGUGUCGCCGUUUGCACUAAAGUUCUGGGAGAAGCUGUCUCUCGAGCCAUACGCCAUGACCAGAGAUGUUGGCUACAUCGCCCUCGUGCCCGACAAUGAGUACAUCAUUUCCAAAGCGAAGAGCUUUCUAAAUGACCUGUCCACAACUUAUGAAGUGCUGCGCUUCGGUGACCACUUUCCAAUUCGAAAAGUGUGCAAAGACGGCAUUUAUGUGGUAGGCCAAAACGCUGUCAAGAAGAGCGACUCUGUGCCUCUAGAUGAGUGGUUCAGCACUCUGGGCGAAAGUAAUCUGGCAACGAAGAUUAAACACUACGCUCAGGCCUGCUGUAAUCUCGCUCCAAACUUGUCUGUCUACGAGAGAAGCCUGUUUGAAGCACCUAGCACCUCAAAGAGCUUUUCGGAAGUGCCCAAUUCUGCAAACGCCUUUAGCGGCAAUGCCAGCAAUACAUCGAUGAAUGGAGGCAUGUCGAAUAGCUCCUUCAUGUCGAGCAGCUCAUCGUCCAUGUUUGGUGGAGCAAACUCACAACGGCCUUCAAACAGCUUUGGCCAUGUUUCCAGCUCAACAGAGAGUCCAAUUGAGCGACUUCUCAAUGAAACCGAGAGCACUCUUAGUGGCAGUAGCAGCAACAACAAUAACAACAACGGCGGCGGCAACACCAACAGCCUUAGUGCAGGUGAUUCGAGUGUCUGUUCAAUAGCAGCUGCAUUGGAGCCAUUUGAGGAGGAGGAUGACGUGCACAACUUCCCGAGCAUUGUCAUCUACAUCAUCGACCCCUUCACCACUUCGGGAAAGGAGGCAUCCAGGCUGGGAUGUAUCGGCUUGCUGAAGUCAUUCGCAAACAUGCUCAAGUUUAUACCGGAGAAUGUGCGAAAUAAUGUGCACGUGCAGCUGCUUUCAAUCGACUCCAUCAUUAGCGAAGACAGAGACUUUCGAAAUGCUACACGAAAUAGCCAGAUGAAGGAGCUGGCAUUUUCCGUCUUUUCGCAGUGCAAACAGCAGCUAGUCUUCCAGCCCAACAUUAAAAGUUUGACUGGAUUAGGCCCGGCUGCCUCCUUUGAGGUGUUCCUCAAAGGCAAAGACAAGCUCUACAACAGUACGCAGCUCUACACGUCGCCGUUCAUUUUGGCGCCUCUCAAGGACAAGCAAACUGAACUGGGUGAGAUGUUUGGCGAUCGCCGGGAAAAGUCGCAGAUUCUCUUCUGCUGCUACUGCAUAAGUGAAGAUCAAAAGUGGCUUCUGGUCUCCUGCACCAAUGAUAGAGGGGACAUUUUGCAGAGCAAGAUGAUCAACGUUCAUGUGCCCAACCGAACUCGUCGGAAGAAUGCCACCGUUCGUCGAUUCGGCCUAAACAAACUGAUGAACUUUGUUCAGACGGUCAUGUCCGAGUCGGUGCUGCCUUGGCGGCUAGUCGUGGGCAGACUGGGACGAAUCGGACACGGCGAGCUGAAGGACUGGACAUCGCUGCUGAGCAAAAAGUCGCUGCAAAAGUACAGUCGUCAGCUGAGAGACCUGUGCUCGCAGUGCCACGACCUGGGCCCCCACGACCAGCCAGCCAUCUACUCGGCAUGUCUCAUUUCACUGGAAGCCGACACGGCACUGCGCGUCUUUCCCAACUACUACACACCUGAUGAACGGUUCAGCAGCUCCUGUAACACCUGCGGUCUGAGCACACCUGAGGACGCCUCUUGCACCCACAUUCUGGUGUUCCCCACUUCAGCCACCACGCAGUCAAGUCAUGCCAACUUCAACAUGGACAUUGGGGCCAAUCUUCCAGAGGAGUUUGACUUUGGCAAUCUCGACGAUUCAGAUAUUCCGGUGGAGGAUGAUUUUGACUUGGACAACUUUUGGGACGUCCCUUUCGACGAUGAGCCCCGUCGAGAUGAACCAGCGCCAGGCAGUCCGGGAAAUAGGCAGCAGUUUGGUUCUCAGAGUCUUAAGAAUUCCAAUCCAUUGGAUGAUCAAGACGAACCAGCUCAACUGCUGCAGCAGCCGCUUGCACUUGCAUUUUACGUCUCCACGGCGCGCACUGGCCCUCUCCCCAGGUGGUUCUGGACCAACAGCCCACACUUGGAAAACUCAUGUCCAGUUUUCCUAAAGUCCGCUCUGUUGAUUCAUACUCCGUUUGUGCAACAAAACACCGAUGACCUUCUGCAUUCGAACAAUCGUGACUGCCAUUCUCUUGACUCCAGCUUGACCACUGACGUCCUAAGGUGCGUUCUCGAAGGCUACAACUCCUUGUCCUGGCUGGCAUUGGACUCGAGCACCAAUGACCGACUGUCUUGUCUGCCGUUGCACAUUCAAGUAUUAAUGCAGCUCUAUCACAGUGUUCAGGCCUUAAUUUAG